CUCCGGAGGACCGUUUUUAGAGUCACAGCCGUCCUGGGGGAAUGUGGCUACGGGGCAGUUCUGGCCAGUUGAGGCUGUUCAGGCGAGGCUGGAGGGAGAUGGUCUGGCGGCUGUGCAGGACCCUGCUCAGGCAGCGUUCCGGGCAGCCCCAGCGGGGUCCUCCCGGGCCCUCCCUGCCUUUGAACAGUGGUGGCGGGCGGGCACUUCGUCCCCUGCACGCUGGAGAGCGGGGGCCGCCAUCCCCAUGGCCACGGCUGCGAGCGGGCCCUGUGCCGGCCGGUCACGGAACAUCCUUUGGCGUGUUUUGGGUUGGAGGGUAGUUGCAAGCAUCGUUUGGUCAGUGUCGCUUCUGCCCAUCUGCACCACAGCCUUUAUAACCUUCAGCAGCAUCGAUUUACUCCACCCUGUACAAUGGCUGUCAGAGUCUUUCAACGACUUAUAUAGUUCUCAAGUCAUCUUUUACCUCCUGCUGCUGUCAGUGGUAGUUAUAAUAAUAAGUAUUUUCAAUGUGGAGUUCUAUACAGUUGUGCCCUCCAUACCUGGCUCCCGACUGGCUCUGAUAGGGCGGAUCCUUCACCCCCAGCAGCUCAUGCAUUCACUCAUACACUCCGCCAUGGGAACGGCCGUGGCCUGGUGUGCGGCCGUCAUCACCAAGGGCCAGUACGGUUUCCUUGUGGUUCCCUGUGCCGGAUCUGAGAGCUUAGACAGCCCAGUUGCCCAAACCUGCUUGAAUGAGUAUCAUCUGUUUUUCCUACUGGCUGGAGCUUUCAUGGGCUAUAGCUACAGUCUUCUGUACUUCAUUAACAACAUGAAUUAUCUUCCCUUUCCCAUUAUACAGCAGUACAAAUUUUUGCGCUUCAGGAGAUCUCUCCUCUUACUAGUUAAACAUAGCUGUGUGGAGUCCCUGUUCGUGGUCAGAAAUUUCUGCAUUGUGUAUUAUUUUUUUGGACAUAUUCCCAGAGCUUGGAUUAGCACUGCCAUGGACCUUCACAUAGAGGAGCAGGCUCACAGGCCUCUGGACACGAUAGGAGGCCUCCUGAAUGUCUCGCUACUCUACCAUGUGUGGCUGUGUUCUGUCUUCCUCUUGAUGACUUGGUACAUCUCGUGGAUUCUCUUCAGAAUCUAUGCCACCGAGGCUUAUGUGUUUCCUGUUCAGCCACCUUUUGCGGAAGAAUCCGAGGAAUGCCUCCCGAGAGUCUUAAAUAGCAAUCCCCCCCUCAUCGUAAAGUAUUUGGCCUUACAGGACCUGAUGUUGCUUUCUCAAUAUUCUCCGUCUCGAAGGCAAGAAGUUUUUAGCCUCAGCCAACCAGGUGGACAUCCCCACAACUGGACUGCCAUUUCGAGGGAGUGUUUGAAUCUCUUAAAUGAUAUGACUCAGAAACUGGUUCUCUACCAAGAAGCUGCUGCUACAAAUGGAAGAAUGUCUUCAUACUCGGUGGAGCCCAAGAAGUUGCAUUCUGCAGAAGAAACUGCUUAUCAAACUCCAAAACCUAGCCAGAUGUCCUCUGUGCCACCGUUGGUUAAAACAUCACUGUUUUCUCCAAAAUUACCUACACCGGAUGUUUCAGGUCCUUUGGGGACUCCGUUUGCCUCUGGUGCGGUGAAUCGAGUGGCUGGAAUUUUUGAUGUGAACACGUGCUAUGCGUCUCCCCAAAGUCCUCAGCUAACCAGAAGAGGACCGCGCUUGUGGACUCACACUUCUGUGGACCAGCAAAUACCUGAAAUCUCUAACCCCUCUCCUUGUGCCUCUGUCACCGCUGCCGGGGAGACAGCGAGGCGGCCCAGUGCGGUUUACUCGUGGAUUCAGAAUAAGCGUGAGCAGAUUAAGAAUUUCUUGUCAAAACGGGUGCUGAUAAUGUACUUUUUCAGUAAGCACCCAGAGGCCUCCAUUCAGGCUGUUUUUUCAGAUGCCCAAAUGCAUAUUUGGGCUUUAGAAGGUCUAUCGCACUUAGUAGCAGCAUCAUUUACAGAAGAUAGAUUUGGAGUUGUCCAGACUACACUUCCAGCCAUCCUUAGUACUUUGUUGACCCUGCAGGAGGCUGUCGACAAGUACUUCAAGCUGCCUCAUGCUUCUAGUAAACCACCCCGAAUUUCAGGAAGCCUUGUGGACACAUCCUACAAAACAUUACGAUUUGCCUUCAGGGCCUCACUGAAAACCGCUAUCUACCGCAUAGCUACCACGUUUGGCGACCAUCUGAAUGCUGUGCAAGCAUCUGCAGAACAUCAGAAAAGACUUCAACAGUUCUUGGAGUUCAAAGAAUAGUUAAGUAAUAUAAACUGUGUUCAUUACCCUGCUGAUACAACUACAGAUGGGACAGUAAAUGUUCAGCAUUCUUGGAUCAGAAGAAAAUGGACUAAUUAGAUGCUUCCUUUGUCGUGGUGCCUGCUUUGAAAACUAUACUUUAAUGGGAGAAAUCAUGGAAAGAAAUUCUCAGCAGAAUAACCGAAAACUGCCUUUUCUGUACCGAAUGCUUUUUGUGUGUGUGGGAUAAUAAAAUCUUUAUUCACCUUCACAGGAGCAUCUGUGGCAGCCAAACUGUCUCUUGCUCAUAUAACUUGACAAUAAUCACUCACAAUUUUUUUUUUUAGAAUUUACUUUUGAAAAGAGUGGAGCCAGCUCCAAAGUUAAAGUAGGGUGACUUGAUACACAAUCUUUCUUAAUCUCUCUAAGAGGAUAGCUCUUUGUAAACUCAAAAUAUAUAAACUUAAGAUUAGUUUGUUUACUAAAGGAUAAAAAUGGUAACAGCGGAGAAAUAUUCACAGUAAAAAUAUUGUCUACAGGACAUAUUUUGUUAAUCUGUUAGGUUGUGUUUUUGUUUCCAGGGACAAAUUAAAUUUGCAUGAUUGUCCAAAAAGAAUCUCGAUUUACAGAUGCUAACUCUAUAUAAAGGAAUGUGGAAAAAUUGAGGUUUUAAGUUACACAAUUAAACAUUCACAUUUGGCUUUUGAAAAAUAAUUGAGCAACAUCUAUGGAUUCAUUUUGUAUCAUGCUAGUAAGCGAUGAGAAUGUGGGCAUUUCCUAGCCAGUUUUGCUUUCUUUUUUGAAACAUUAAGCAGUUGGCAGAGGUUUCCAGAUGAGGGGAAAGGUUUUGUAAGAGGACCCGGGAGCUUCCCAUUCCCCUACUGUCUGUCUUUACCAGAUCAAAUUAUGCUGUGAGUCCAGUCCAUCUUCACACAGGGAGCAGCCUCUGCUGCGUUAGCUGGCUAAUUAAAAUAUAAUAGGACAAUCUUUAGAGCCAGAAACACAGUCAUCAAACAGCAAGCGAAGCCAGGAUGUCAGAAGCGUCACUGUGCUCAGGAGCAUGUACGCCCAAAUGUGCCUGCGGUCACUUUAUGACUUAUUAGGUCAUUUCUUGGGAGAUGAAACAUUGGAAGUCCUGCUGGCAGAUAGUCAUUAGGCAAGCUUUGGCCCAAAUCCUCCUUCAUAAAUCCUUUUCUGUUAUCUUUUCCCUCUAGGGUCCCCCAAAAUUUCCUUUAAAGUCGCACAGUAUCGUAUAUGGAUGUUAACUAUGGUGUGGAUGCCUAGACUUUGGCAUCGUUGACAUGUUAUACCUUUACGGUCGUAUAUGUUAGCUGCAGACACCAGUGCCCCUCCACCCAGCACGUGGCAAGUUAUAAAUGAAUCCUGCUAGCCGUAAUUAAAAGUGACUCGACGGCAGAGUCCCUCACCUCACCGGCUAAGCUUCAGGGCUUUAAGUCCCCACUCUACCUCGUGUGUGAGGAGGACCUCAUCUUUUUUCUUCCUUUCUUUCUUUCAGUGUGAAAGUUGGGUUUCCAGUAUUUAGUUUCUUACAGAUGACCAGAGAAGCACGGCUAGAUAACGGAGAAUGCUUGUACUCCAUGAGUUAAAGCCAUAAGCUUUGUGUAUUCCCUGGCUGCCUCUGACUGAAGUACUUCAGAAGACAGACCCUUAAUCUUGUGUCUCCAUAAAGAACUGUGUUUUGUGUGUGUAACUCACAGCAGAGGCAAUCCUUUCAACUAGGUCUCAGUCCAAUGAAAUGUCUGCUUUGCUUUAGGUUCUUGCUGUCCCCACGCCCUCUGUGUGAACGUGUAUUUGAUAGCAGUAUGGAUAUUUCUGGAGGUGCUGUGUAUGAGGUCCAGACCACACCAUGUCUGCCCGGUGGGGAGCAGGACACUGCCCAUUCCCUCAGAUUUGUAUGGAUCUGGGAAGGUGAGGGGUCAUUAUUUUUCUGUUGGUGGUCAAGGGCAUUCUUAAAAGGCACCCUUCCUUCUGCACACAAGGAGGACUAGCGGGGGGGCCCACAGGAGAGAAACAUUUCCUUGGGUGAAGUUGCAUCCUGCCGACAAACCUGCUGAUGUGAUGGCCUGAAAAUGAGUGCUUGAAAGCCUUUCUCUGGCUGUCAGUACAAAACACUGUCAGUGUCUAUGUGUGUGUGUCUAAUGGGGCAUACAAAGCCACAGAGCUGCUUUUGCAGAGUAGUGGGAAACUUCGAGAAUAAACCUUCUCCUGGUGAGUAGACAUGAGAAGUCACACUGGGUCCCUGUGCUGGGUUUCCUCCUGGGCGCUUUGUGUGUCUUCCUGUUAAUAUUUAUGGCAAUCUGUUUAUAUCCUUAUGUAUGAUACUGAAUUGGUAGAAAAAUAAAGUGAUAAUUCUUAACUGAGA